CAUAACUAUUCGAUAAUUUCAAACAUCCAUACAAAACUUAUCCAUUUACACAACAUGUCCUCUGCGAAUCUCAAUCUCUAAAUUCGAUCCUAUAAUCUGAUCUCCGAUGACCACUCUUUUACCGUCGCCGGAAGUUUCCUCAUUCUCAGCCGGAAUCCAUCCGGUGAGGACUUCUUCUUAUAUAAACCCUAGAAAUGUGCAGAAGCUCGCUGUUUCUAGGUCGGGAAAUAGGGGUGCUAGGGUUAGGGUGUGUUCAAGUGUAAAGGAUUUGGAGGAGUCUCCGCCGCUGAAGUCAGGGAGUAAUUUAGGGUUUUGUGCACAGUUCUCUGCUCCUGUGGAGACCAGCACGACGUUGUCUACAAAAGUGAACGAGGAAGAGGAGGAGAAGCGGAAUUACUAUCUGAAUACGGGUUACGCUAUUCGGACUAUCCGAGAGGAGUUUCCUGCCCUCUUCUAUAAGGAGCUAACCUUUGAUAUCUACAGGGAUGAUAUUGUCUUCAAAGAUCCACUCAACACUUUUACUGGCAUUGAGAAUUAUAAAUCAAUCUUCUGGGCUCUACGAUUCCAUGGCAGGAUGUUCUUUAGGGCCUUGUGGAUUGAUAUUGUGAGUGUAUGGCAACCUGUGGAGAACAUGAUAAUAGUUCGGUGGACUGUUCAUGGCAUUCCCCGUGUUCCUUGGGAGAGCCACGGUCGCUUCGAUGGCACUUCAGAGUAUAAGCUUGAUAAAGAUGGGAAGAUUUAUGAGCACUGGGUUCACAACAUUGCUUUGAGUGGACCACCAAAGUUCCAUGUACUUGCUGUGCAGGAAUUAAUUGAAUACAUUGGCGGCGCCUCAACACCAAAGCCUACUUUCUUUGAAAUCUUUUCCCCUACCUUGAGGAACAUCGCUCCAGUAACGAAAUUUUCUAGGUUGAGGCGGAACCUGGGCUCAAUUCUAGCCUCCCUAAAGAGAAAUGAGGAGGAACAGUCAGAUCAAACAUAGCAUUAUGGUGAAGUGCCAAAAAUGAUUGGUAAAUUUUUUUACUAUAUUCCAGACUCACACAAUACGUACAAGUAUAUAUGUACUAAUAGAACUCCCGCAGGGGCAGCAAAACAUAUCUGGAGUUCUUUUCUUUUUUGUUUCUUCAGGAGGGUAUCCACUUCUCUCUACUGUAUGCUUCUUUUGAGCUCCAGCUACUGCCUUGUGAAGCGCAAUACUUUGUAAAUAUUUGUAUAGUAUAGCAUAAAAUGUUGCUUCCGUCAGGAGUGUUUGCUCUGCAUUUUGUAAAGGUACUAAUCCUCGCCACUAUAUACAAUGCCUUCCUCUUUCUAGCCA